AUGGCAAGCGCGGAUAUCGAGGCGGUUCGGGUUUACAAGGGCCUGAUCGAUGGUCUCUUGGACCGCGCGACGCAGGUCAAGCCUGCGCAGAUCGAACCCCCAUUGACCGAAGGGCUCCUCGGCGAUCGGAUUUGGGAGGUCCCGGAACAUGAACAAGGGGCUGUGAAGCAGCUGGGCCAGCAGACACAGUAUGCUUCAGUUGAGAUCGCUUUCCGCCAGAAGUUCUACCCUCUCGUGAACUCUACCUCCAUCGAAGACCCUGCUUUCAUCCACAUUUGGAACCUUCUUGACAUUGUUUCCAUUUUCUCCGAUAACGAACAAUGCGAACCCGGUUUAAUUUUCUGGCUUAUUGAAGAGCUACUCGACAGACAAACUAUCGAUGCCUGCCGCAAAGUGUUUGACUACUUGGAAUCUCGCCGGGACCGGAAUAUCAAGAAACAUUUCAAACAGAAAAGCCUUGUCAUCCUCAGAUCAUGCAAUGAGCUGCUUCGCCGGCUUUCCCGUGCUGAGGAUACCGUAUUUUGCGGACGAGUCUUCAUCUUCCUUUUCCAAAGCUUCCCGCUUGGAGACAAGAGUUCAGUCAAUCUUCGCGGCGAAUUCCACACCGAGAACGUUACCACAUACGAUGACAUUGUUAAGCCCAUACACGUUGUCCCAGAAGAGGAUAUCACAAUGACAGAUGGCGACUCAACACCGACAGAAAGCCAGGCGGAUAGCAGUAGUCGAGCUGAUAGUCGUGGCAUGGGAGCCGAUGAAAAGUCACAUGUCCCAAAGGUCCUUCUUUCUACGGACAAGAAGCAGAAAGACCGGGAACCAAAGGAACCAGUCGAUCUUGAUGCUCUAUAUCCUAUUUUCUGGAGUCUACAGAUCUACUUCUCAGCGCCCAGCAAGCUGUUCGAGCCGGACCGUUUGGCAUCAUUCAAGGCCGGCCUUGAGGCAACGUUAUCCGCUUUCAAAAACAUCAACACCGAACUCGACAGUCAAGGUGGCGGACGGUCGUCCGAAGAAGCGCGCAAAUCCCAUAAGCGGAAGCGCGUAGCCGAUGGGCCCGAAAUCAGCAGCAACUUCAACCCGAAAUAUCUUACCAGUCGCGAUCUCUUUGAUCUUGAAGUCAGUGAUACGGCUUUCCGCAGACAUAUCUUGGUCCAGGCUCUCAUUCUUCUGGACUUCUUGUUAUCACUUACGCCACAAGCCAAGAAACACCAGGCUGACUUGACGAAUAAGUCUGUGCUCUACGGAUUUGUCCUGAGUGAAGAUGAUGCGAAAUGGGCAUCGAAUAUCAGGAGACGCAUCGAAGGCUAUCUGCGAGAUGGACCCGGGGGGAUGUUUUACUAUCGCAUGGUCGACACCGUUUUGUCAAGAGACAAAAACUGGGUGCGGUGGAAGGCCGAGGGCUGUCCACCAAUCGAGAAGCCAGCCAUUUCUGUGCCUGACUACGUGGCUGCACGCGAUCAAGCCGUCAAAGCCUAUGCCAACAAACGCAUCCGUGCCUCACCAAUGGGAGCGCUGGAUUUCAAAUUCUUAUCCGACAGCGAAGCAUUGGCCAACAUCGAGCGGCUCAAGGAAGCAGACCGAUUCGCUGUCCCCGAUUCGAAGUCAUUGCAGGGGGGUAUCCUGGAUGACGAAAUGGACAUCGACAUGGCACAGACCGCAGACGACAAGGAAGCCGCGCUCAGCGCCAAAUCCAGUAAACUCUGGCGUAUCCUCCGGUUGUCCGCGAAGACGAAGAUGGCCGUAUUCGACAAGAUUGAUGAUGGCAAUAAUUUGAACAUCCUCUUUGAAGCCCCAGCGCCGGCUGGGGAGACUCCCCAACCAGACGGAAACGAGGACCCCCAAGACAGCCUCUCUGCAGAGGGCAAAGAAAGUGGCGAAGAAGAAGAAGCAGCACAAGAUACCCAACCCCCUAUUGAGAGCACGAACGUCACCGACGAUACCCAGCAGCAAGAAAGCACCCCUGCCGAGAAACCGACAAGCGAACAAGGCCCCGCCGUUGAGUCUAGCGUGGAGACCGGAGAUAAUACCAAAGAAGAGUCGGCAACCUGA